AUGGAAUGGAAAUUAAAUUAUUCAUCAUCAUUCGAAUCUAACUUGCAUAUUUCAAUAUCAAAAUCAGGUCCAACUUUUUGUGUUGCCAUUCAAUUAUUUUCAGAUCAAGAUUCUUCCUAUAUUCAUGUGAACCAAAGUUUGAAUUUCAUAACAAAGGAUGAUAUCCUUACCAAUGUCACGUAUAGAAUGUUUUGCUAUUAUCAGAAUGUGAGGAUUUGGGAUUACGAAAAGAAACCAGCUAGUUUUUGCUUUACAAAGAUUAGUUCGACACUUUAUAGGAGAAAUUGUACGGGUGUGGGAAAAGUGAAUGAAAAAUUGGAUGAAAUGAUUGCUAAUGGUGAUUGGAAUUUUACAUUGAGAAAACCAUUUCAACAAUUUUACAUGAAAAUGACAGAUUUGAAUAUUGACAUUCCAUUGAAAUUGGAUAAUUUAACUGGAUUGCAAAUGCAUGUCAUGUUAAUUGAUCAUUGGGCGUAUCCUGAAGAAUUUUAUUUAUCAGCAAUUAAGAAACCCUAUUAUAUUAUACCACUUUUGGUCAACUACACUGAUAAUGAAACCAUUCCUUAUUGGGAUAGUCAAUGUGAUGAUUAUACUUACAGCUCUAGAGCUCAGUAUUUUAUUUGGAAAAUGGCAGCUCUAGUAUUUGGACUCGUUGAAUAUUCUAUAAUGUUUAUUUUGUUAAUUAUUAAGAGAAAACACAGAGUGAUAGAGAGUAGAUUUAUAAUUCCAAUAUUUUCAAUGGGCGUCUAUAUAUUAAGAUGUUUAAUUAAUAUCGCAUUGAAUAUUGCUUAUUAUGAUCCUGAAUUUGAUACAUUGAUUGAACAUUUAGUAAUUGUACUUGUCAUGUCUCUACACAUGUUGCAAGGAAUCAGAUAUUAUUUAAGCCGAUUCUUCUAUUCGAAAUAUUAUUCUAAAAGAGAUAGUGUCAUUAUGAAAAUUUUACUAUCCAAGAUUUCAAUUCUUAUAGAAAUGGUAUUAGUGAUUGUGUGUGAGGUUGCUGUAGUUUCUGUAUUGGUAAUCUAUUCCUUUAAUGAUAUCCCACCAAUAUCUAAUGCACUUGCUGUUUCAUGUUGUGUUGGAUAUUUCAUAUUGCUUAGUAUUGGAGUGAUUGCUCACUUUUGUUCGAAUAUUGAAUUUGUAAAGAAAAUCAAAAGACCAAAACAAAUAUUCAAAUGGUUUUUCAUUCAUGACGAUCCAUUUGGUUACAAUGGUGAAUUUCUCAUCUUGACAUUUCUUUUGAUAGUUGCUGGAAUACACUAUGGAUUAUCAGAAAUUAGUGGUGGAUAUUUGACUUUGGAACCAAUGGAUGGAACUCGACCAAUCAAUCGAAUGUAUUUGAACAACGGAUUUGGAUAUUUCCUGUAUGGAUCUAGUAAGAUUUUACUGACCUUGUCAUAUGGAUUACAGAGCAUCUUUUUAAUUUCCUUGACAUUUAGAAAGGUUGAAACACCAAAAUAUGAUCUCAAGGAACAAAAGGAAGAGAUGGAUUUAUUUCUUUCUAAGGUAUUUCAAGAUGGUACUUCAUGUGUGGAAAUUUUCAAACGAUUUCUCAUUACAGAAUUUAAAAUGGAACUGUUAGAAAUUUAUACCUUUCUUACCAAAUAUCCAAAAUCAACUGUGGAGGAAUAUCUGAAAAUUAGUCCUCAAACAACUCUUUUUGUAAAUACUCAUCUAAGAAAGAGACAAGAUGUCGAUACUUAUCAAGAAGUAUCUAGACAAUUGCUUGAAAUAUUCAAUAGAAUGAAACAAACAAUUGUCUAUGAAGAGGAGUACAUGCGGAGAAAGAAGAAAUCAAUACGUAUUCAAUAG